UUAAUGAUUGAGUUGAACAACUGAUUUAUUAAGGACCUUCAUCGAUACUUAUCGUGAGGGAUGUCAAACAAGUAUUAGACCUUUUUGAACUUUGGCAAACCCGCGUAGUAAUCGAACCUUUGCGUAUAGCUUUUUUUCAAAUUUUUAGUAAGUAACUCCAAAAACUUGCUCGAAAUUGUCAUUUUUACUCUGAAUGAAUAGCUCGCUUGAAUAUUAUAUAUUAUAAACAAUAAGUACGCAUUAAUAAGAGCCCAAUGAUACAAAUUUAAGUUUUAGUUGAGAGCUUUAGAACAUUCAUUAGAAAAUACAUAAAACCAUUAGGCUAUGCUCCAAAAUAGUAAGAUUCAUCUGCACUGCAGAUCGAUCGAUGAUAUCAUCAUCGAUGCGAUUAUUUCUCCAGAGUUUUAUACACACAAAAUCAAAACAUAAACACGCGUAAUUUUUAAACACAAGCUCUUAGCUUACAGUUUACACCCCUUCCCCGAUCUUUGUUUUGCGCACGCCAUCUUUUGCCGAUCAGCUGCUUUCUGUUGGUAUAGUCAUCGCGCGCACUCGACUCAGCUAUACAACGAAGCUUACAACUAUUGCGAUUCGCAAUUCGUAACAAUACACAACUUCGCAAUUGGCGUUUGCGUCAAUAUAAUCGUCCAGCACGUUAUAUCAACUGUGCAUCGAGUCUUUGCUCUUUUGGGUAGACACAACGAUUCAGCUUUGUGCAACUUUAGUAGGAAGAUUCGUAAGUGCUAAUCGCGCUUUCACGACGACUUCGUUUCGUAUAUUGUGACGCACCGAAAAUUGCAAUACACACUUGACAAUUAUCUUCAACGUUGACGAAGUUUCGCCGAGAAUUCAUCAAGGUCGUCUAGAGCAACCAUGGAUCAAGAUGACGUACUGACGAUAUUGAAAAUUCUUAUGAUUGGCGAGUCUAAUGUAGGAAAAUCAAGUAUCUUGUUAAGGUUCACGGAAGAUGAAUUUCACGACAACAUUCAAAAUACCGUAGGAAUGGAUUACAAAUCAAAGAAAAUGUCCAUUGACGGUGGCACAGUUAAAUUGGCUAUAUGGGAUACUGCUGGGCAAGAAAGAUUCAGGACUUUAACUCCUAACUAUUACAGAGAUGGCCAGGGAGCUAUUUUAGUUUUUGAUGUUACUGAUCGAACCUCAUUCACAAAACUGGAUAUGUGGUUGACUGAAUUACACACUUAUAGCAAUAAACCAGAUAUUGUAAAGAUGGUUGUUGGAAAUAAAAUAGAUCUUCCCAAUAGACAAGUAACUACUGAAGAAGGACUUCAGUUUGCAAGACGUCAUCAAACUCUAUAUAUUGAAAGUAGUGCUAAAACUGCUGAUGGUAUAAUGUGUUGUUUUGAAGAAUUAGUACAAAAGAUUAUUCAGACUCCAGGUCUCUGGGAUGGAUACUCUUAUGAAGCGUUAAACAAUAUGAAUAGCAACAAUGGACCAAGGCAAAGAUUAGGAAAAAGAGGAAUACAGCUAACUGAUGAUUAUGAACCAGACAACACAUACUCUAGUUGUUACUGCUAGUUAUUGUAGUUUAACAUGAAUUUUUACAAAAGUUAAUUAUGUGUAGUGAAUCUAAAAUCAUUUUAACAAGUGCUUUU